AUGAACCAGCUGUGCAAAGUAUGCGGCGAACCAGCGGCUGGUUUUCAUUUUGGUGCCUUUACCUGUGAAGGCUGUAAGUCAUUUUUCGGCCGCACCUACAACAACAUCUCUGCCAUAGCUGGCUGCAAGAAUAAUGGCGAUUGCGUCAUCAACAAAAAGAAUCGUACGGCCUGUAAAGCUUGCCGCUUAAGAAAAUGUCUUUUGGUGGGCAUGUCCAAAAGUGGUUCCCGCUAUGGUAGACGUUCAAAUUGGUUUAAGAUACAUUGUCUGCUACAAGAGCAACAAUCAAGUAGCGGCGUUCAAACUCAAAAUUCUGGCUCAACCAACAAUAGUAAUUUGGAACAAUUGGCUCGACUACAUCAGAUUCACGCCCGUCAAACCUAUCAGGAUAAGACAAAUCCCUGCAUUAAAUCAGCUAUGGGCGCCACUGCCCUAAGUAUACCUCCCAGUGGUAAUAACAAUGCCAGCAGUGCGGCCAAUAAUAAUCUAAAUAAUUUUCUAAAUCCUGCGAAAUUUUUCAACGGUACCGAUACGCUCAGCCAUAGUAACAAUAACAACAACAAUAAUAACAAUAAUACCAACAACGAUAACAGCAGCAGUAAUAAAAGCCACCAUGAGUCGCGCCUAAGUGAUACGCCUAGUGACUCGGGGGCUUCAUCGGCAGGUGAUGCCAAUGAUGAUUGCACCAGCACAACAAGCCUGCGUCAACAUAAUCACAGCUACUCUCAUCAUCAUACUCACCAAUAUCAUCAACAUCAUCAUGGCCAUCAUGGCCACCGAGCCCUAAUAAAAUCCGAAAGAAAUUGCAAUUCUGCCCACCAGUCUUUGGAUAAUGGCCAUGGCGAUGAAGAGGAUUCCGAUGAGCGCGAAAGAAGACGACAACAAUUUUUACAAAUAUUUCGUAGUCACUCUGAGCCAUUGCAUAGCCCGUUUGCUCCUUUUGCUUUUAGCCAAUUACCACCGCCGUCUAGUGUUGUGGCAACAGCUGCUUUGGCUGGCGGUUCUCCUCCCGCCUUUAUAUUACCCGCUUUGAAAAGUCAAGAAAGCUUUCUUAAAGUCGACGAAGAUGUACAAGAGGAGCCCAUUGAUCUUUCAUUGAAAAGCAGACAAAGUCAGACACCCGAAAGGGGAGAGAAAGAUGAUAAAAGUCUUACACCGGAACCUGAACUGGAAUGUGCCAAGGGUAGUGUGGGGGUUUUAGAUUUGACAUUGGUAAGAUCUACGCAAACACUAACGGGAUGAUGAUGAAGAAUAUGAAAUUUGUAUUACUUUUGAAAUAUUUAAGUAGCAUAAUUAUGUAAAUAUAAGAUGGAGCCUAAAAGUAUGCUUCCGAGUUUCUAUAUAAACCAGCCUAAUUAUAGACCGAAGAACUGGGGUAAAUUCAAAUUUUCUUUUUGUUUGCAACAGUUCCAAGUAUGUGUUUCCGACUCUAUAUACUACAUAUUUUCUUGAUAUCAUAAAUUGCUAAGACUUUCUAAUAAUGUCCGCCCAUUCGUCUGUCUAUUGAAAUAAUUCUACAGUCUUUAACAAGUAAGACCCACCACCAGGGACUCCGCUAAAAAUUUAUCUUUAUUAACUCAGUUCGUAUUUGAAUUAUUUUGCCACAAUCAAAUCGGGAAUUAGUUAAUACUUCUAUGAUCUCAGGAAGUCCUAUCGGGGUAUCGGUGUUAAAAGGUGCCUAUUCUAGCAUUUAUACCGAUUUGGAUCAUAUUUGCCACAGAUGCUGGAAUUGAUAGUAGAAGUUUUUAUACCCUCCACCAUAGGAUGGGGGGUAUACUAAUUUCGUCAUUCUGUUUGUAACUACUCGAAAUAUUCGUCUGAGACCCCAUAAAGUAUAUAUAUUCUUGAACGUCUCGAAAUUUUAUGCCGAUCUAGCCAUGUCCGUCCGUCUGUCCGUCCGUCCGUAUGUCUGUCGAAAGCAAGCUAACUUCCGAAGCAGUAA